AUGGCAACACAACAUUUCGGCCUCCUCGAGGAGCGCGAGGAGACCGAACUACACAAAACCCGCCUUCUUAACGUGGAAGAAAAGCCCUUCAAGCGCCUCGCCAAACGCCUCGUCGCCCCAGGAGCCUUCACGAACCCGACCAGCAAGCUCCCCUCACCACCACCCGACGCCAGCAGCGCCGAAGCACAAAAUGCGUCCCAAGAAUCGACCGACGUCACGGCUCUCAAAGAAGACAUCACGCUCGAUUUCGCAGCCUUUGACUCGGCCAUCGCGCGGCUGCAGUUCCUCGCGACGGCCAACGCGGCCGAGCGCGAGCGGUACGCGGCGGAUCGGCUGCGCAUCCUGGGGACGAUGGAGUCGGUGCGCGAGUCCAACAACGUGCUGAAGACCUCGCUCGAGACGGCGCGCGAGACGCUGGCACGGCGCCGCACGUUCGACGAGCUCGCCGACAAGAUCACGGCCAACCGCAUGCUGCGCACGCGCGCGGAGCAGGCCGUCAACCUCGCCAAGCUGGCCGAGGAGUGCGACGAGCUGCGCCGCGAGAGCGAGACCUACGGCGAUACCUGGCGCGAGCGCCGCGAGCAGUUCGAGCGCCUCGUCGACGAGGGCAAGCGUCUGCGCGCGCUGAUCCGCGACGAGAAGGAGGAGGUUGAGCGCCGCGAGGGCAUGGAUUCCGACGCGGAGGAUGGGGAGGCUGGGGCGGCGGGAUCGACGCCCAAGGCGGUAAAUGGGAAUGCCACGCCGCAUCAUGGCGAAAAUCACAUCGUGUCGUCGUCCAAGGUUGAGGGUAACGCCACGCCCAUCUCGAACAGCGGCCGAGAUGAGCGGACCCCGAGGCCGGAUAGUCCUGGUGCGGCUACGACAAAUGGAGGAGAGAGCCUGAAGCCGAGACCGGAUGCUAGUAGGAGCUUCUCGCGAGCUGGGAGCCAGGCCCCGAGCCCGAGGGCGGGAAGUCAGCAGCCGCCGCCGGCGGAUGAGGGUCCGGAGGAGGGCGAGGAUGUCGAGAUGAACGAGUCGCAGGCGACGCAGCAGGCAGCUGAUACACCUAUGGCAGAGACACCGCAGAUCACGGUCGAUGCCCCGACGGGCCCCGACGAUGCGAUGGAUACUACGUGA